ACUUCUCUUCCUUUUUGCACCCGCACUCCUUUUUGCAUCCGCACAAAGAAUUAAGGCUCUUGUUCCCUUUUCCCCCCUCGUCUCCUGCGAUGAGCAACGAGGUAUAUUCUUCGAACAUUCCUGAAAUCCUUGGAGUGGGUUCUUGCGCCGGUGUUUUCACCUCUAUCAGCUCCGCCCUCUCUUGUUGCUUCUUCUUCCUUUCUGGGGCUUUUCUUUUGGUUCAACCAGGGAAAAAGAACAGAGAAUUAAAUGGGACCCGGUCAUGGAAUGCUCAUCGAAACCCAGCAAACUCAAUCCCGACUCACUGCAAAUUCCCUUCAACAGACCACCCAUGAAGGGGGUGAGUGUGAGAUUGGUUUGGACAAGAAUUUCGGGUUUUCAAACCAGUUCCUGGCGCAGUAUGAGAUGGGUAAGGAGAGGGGGCGGUUUGGGUGCACAUACUCUGCCAAGGCCAAGGAGGGCAGCUUGAAGGGCCAAGAAGUUGCUGUCAAAGUCCUCCCUAAAUCCAAGAUGACAGCAGCAACUGAUAUAGAUGACGUGAGAAGAGAAGUGCAGAUUUUGCGGGCAUUAAAUGAACGAAUUCAACAUCAGAACAUAAUCCAGUUUUGUGAUGCCUAUGAAGAUGAAGGCAACGUUUACAUAGUCAUGGAGCUUUGUCAAGGACGUGAGUUAUUUCAUAGAAUAUCUUCAAGGGGUGGAAAUUACUCUGAAGAAGAUGCAAAGGCUGUUAUGGUUCAGAUAUUAAGCGCUGUAGCCUUCUGUCAUCUCCAAGGAGUUAUCCAUCGUGACCUAAAGCCAGAGAAUUUUCUUUUUGCGACAGCUGAUGAGAACUCUCCUCUUAAGCUCAUUGACUUUGGACUUUCUGCAUAUAUAAAUCCAGGUUAGAACUACAGAUUGAACUUUAAGAUAUUCCCAUCUGUUGACAGUGUGGAGUUGGACUUAAUUUGUGAAAUCUCUGCAGGUGGCAGGUUGAAGGAUCUUGUGGGAAGCAAAUUUACUGUAGCUCCUGAUGUUCUAUGUGCAUCCUACGGAACUGAAGCAGACAUGUGGAGUAUUGGUGUCAUUGCCUAUUUGUUACUAUGUGGUGCUCCACCUUUUUGGGGGCAGAAUCAAUCUGAAAUAUUCCAGGUGAUUCGGAAGAAAGAACCAAGUUUUGAUGAAGACUCAUGGCCUUCUCGAUCCCCUGAGGCAAUUGAUUUUGUGAAGAGAUUGUUGAACAAGAAUUACAGAGGGAGACUGACCGCUGCCCAGGCUUUGUGUCAUCCUUGGCUGGUUUCUCACCAUGAUGUCAAGAUACCACUAGAUAUGAUGGUCUGUAGGCUUGUAAUAGCCUAUAUAAGGUCAUCUCCUCGACAAAAAGAAGCUUUGCAGACUCUUGCAAAGACAUUGACAGAGGCUCAGCUAGCUUACCUCAGGAAACAGUUUGCAUUAUUACGCCCAAAGAGAAACGGUUUAAUUUCCAUGCAGGAUUUUCAGAAGGCUGUGACAAAGAAGUCUACCGAGGCUAUGAAGCAUUCAGGGACUCUUGAUUAUGCCAAUGAGGUUUUUGGUUCGGCAUGUGGAGCAGAGUUUGAUUUCCAAAAAUUCUGUGCGGCUGCCAUAAGUGCUGAUCAGCUGGCGGGAACAGCGAGUUUGGAAGAAUAUGCAAGGGAGGCUUUUAAGCAUUUCCCCAAAAAGGAACGUAGGCUCGGCACCUCACAACCGCAGACAACUUUCAACGAAUUCAUCAAACUACUACAUGAUCAUUCGCAGACUAUUUAAGGGUCUGACUGGAGUUUCAGAGAUCUUCUAAACUCUCCUUUGAAAGAAAUGAUCUGAGGGGGACCAAAUGCCAUGCACAACGAAAGACGACCGCAUCAUAAAUAACCGCUGUCAUGACAUGCUCGGAACUGGUGUAACACUUUUUUUUUUCUACUUUUGGUUUUUCCAAUUUCAUAAAUUUUAGGUAUGAGAGUGUGCUUUUGAAUGCAGACUGUGCUUUAUUAUUUGCUUUCUAGCUUUUGCUUUGUUCUGCAGUUAUUUGGGUUUUGCUAUGCUUGAAAGCCUUUUAUGUACCUUUUAAGUAUUAUUUUGAUACAUGGAUAGUAUCUUUCUUCGAUAAAAAAUUCAUAAAUUUUCCAA